UGUGAUUGUGGGUAGUACUUGCAUUGCGUUUUGUUAGUUUGACAACAUGCCCAUUUAAGGAAAGCUCGAAAGCUGUCAAAUUUAAAAGAAAGCUUACAGUCACCUUUGGUGCUGUGAUUUUGUUUGUCAUACACCUAGCUGAUAUUUUGAAGAAAAAUGGCGUUAACUGGCUGUUAUGCAUUUAUGAAACAUAUAGUUACAUUACUUAAUAUCUUAUAUUUUUCAUGUGGGUUACUUCUUAUAGUACUUGCAGUAUGGAUGUGGAUAGAUCCUACUUUUUCAAUAAGUAUGGCUCAAGAUGAAGCUAGUUAUUAUACAGGAAUAUAUCUCAUUCUUUUUGUUGGUGCUCUACUCUUAAUUGUUGGCUUUCUUGGCUGUGCAGCAGCUAUCAGUGAAUCUCAAUGUUCCCUUAUCCUAUAUUUUUGUUUACUCCUUACUGUUCUUGUGGCUCAAAUAUCAGCUGCUGUUUGGAUGUAUGCAAACAUGUACAAAUUAGAAGAAUUAGCAAGAUAUACAGUUAAAACAACUAUACAAUCAGAAUAUGGAAAAAUACCUGUACGUACUGAAACAUUUGAUGCUAUUCAAAUUGGAUUUGAGUGUUGUGGUGGUUUGGGUCCAUCUGAUUGGGCUGGAAGUAUUUAUAAUAAUCCACAGACAGAAAGUCUUGGGCUUGCCAUAACUUCCUCAGAGCAGUCUUACAAAAUUCCAGCUUCUUGUUGUAAGGUUGAUCCUGAAUCAAAGCAAUGUUUAGGAGCACAAACUGCUGUAGCAACUGGUCAAAUAUCUGACCUUAUAUAUUCAGAGGGUUGUACUGAAAAACUGUUAAAUUCAUUACGAAAAUUCACAAUUAUAUUUUUAGUAGUGUUGGUGGCAAUUGGCUCAGUUGAAUUCUUUGGUCUUGUAUUAGCCCUUAUUUUAUGCUGUGCUAUACGAGCGGUUAAUACUUAUAAGAACUAAUUUUUAUUUUUUUAUAUAGUAUUUUUAAAAACUUAAUAAAAAUAUAUUUUUAACUUAAAUAAGUUAAUUUUUUUUACAAUUUUUUGUAGAUUUUGACAAAGAUUUUAAAUGAAAUAUUAUUUAUGUUAUUAUUACAUUUAACUUUGAUUAUAAGAUUUAUUGCCAUAGAACAACUUAUUGAGUCUCCUCUAGAAUCUCUUCCAAAUACAUGUCAUGUAUUAAAUUAUAUUUUAUAAUGUAGCAUCUUUGUUUUUAUUUGUAUUUUUUUUUUUUUAUAAUAUUUUAAAAAUAAUAUAUAUACUUGUUAUUUCAAGUCAUUGACAAAAUUCAUAACUGAUUUUUAAGUAAUUAUAAUAAGUUAUACAUUAGUAUAAAAAAACACUUAUACAACUUAUUUGUUUUUUAUGGUUUAUUAUUAUAUGAAAUAUUUUUACUUUCUGUUAUAUUAUUAAACAGAAAAAACUAAUUAAUAACACUUUUAAAAUUAAGAAGCAGUUCUAUAAAAUUCCUAUUAUGUAUUUCCAUGACUGUUCUUGAUUUAUAGUUUUAUUCACUAAUGUGUUCGUUUUUAUAAUUUAUUUAUAUUGUUAUGAAUUAGAUCAAGCUAUAAGGAUUUAAAUACUAUCAUUACUAUUUAUUUAUUAGAAUUAUUGGUAUUUAUAUUAUUUUUUUACACAAUUUAUUUAUGUCACUUUUGUCAGUGUAACAUGAUAGUCACCUAUUAAACAUAAAUUUGAUACAUUGUAAUAUUAGUCAUUUAGUUUAUUAUGUGUUCUUCAUUUUUAUUACUAACAUUAGUACUAGUCUUAUAUUUAAUAUUUUUAGUUUUAAGUAAUAAAGUAUCAAAUUCUACUUUA